UUGUUGAAGGGCCAUAGAAUGAUUUUUCCCCUGGAGAAGGUGCAGCAUCAGAAGGUGCAAGAUAACCCUUAACCAGCUCUUUGCACGGUGCUGAGUGGCUUCUCUCCUUCGAAGGGCUGAACCUACCCAGAGCUUUGCUGCAGCCUAAGGGGAGAGCUGGUUCCAGGUGGCAACUCAUUGAUGCAGUCGGUGAACUCCGUGUAGUUUCAUCCUGUCUUUAAUACCCAGCCCGGGCAGUCCAAGGAGAGAGAAGCAGGACCAAGGAGGACAGCGCCAAGCAGAAGGUGUUUCCAGCUAUUCGGUGAGUGGAUGAGACCCCUGCUACAGGGACAUUGAGAGUGGAGCUGAAGAAAAUACUGGUGUGAACAGAUAAUGGUGACCUACAAUUACUCUGAUGACUACUUUGGGGAUUAUGAUAAUUUCACCACGGUUAGUGUUAAGCAAGAGCCAUCGCACGAUGCAGGAGACAUUGCUAGAAUCUUCUCUGUUGUAGUCUACAGCCUCACCUGCCUCCUGGGAAUUCUGGGGAACGGCCUAGUCAUCACGAUCAUCACUUUCAAGAUGAAGAAGUCCAUCAAUGCCAUUUGGUUUCUCAACCUGGCUGUUGCCGACUUUCUUUUCAACGUCUUCCUGCCCCUGAAUAUCGCGUACACCGCCAUGAACUUCCAUUGGGUCUUUGGGGCGGCCAUGUGCAAGUUAAACUCUUUCCUCCUCAACCUGAACUUGUACAGCAGUGUGCUCCUGCUGACGACCAUCAGCUUAGACCGUUGUGUGUCCGUGGUCCUUCCAGUCUGGGCCCAAAACCAUCGAACCACUACGCUGGCAUGUUUGGUUUGCGUCGUCGACUGGGUGCUUGGUUUGGCAAUGAGUUCCCCGUCUCUUGUUUUCCGGGACACUGCAGCUCACGAAGGCAAUGUGAUAUGUUUUAGUAACUACGCCUUGUCCGGGAAUAAGUAUGACCAUCCUCUGGGCGUGAAGAGACACCAGAUUGUAAACCUUGUCAGGUUUCUGACAGGGUUUGUCAUUCCCGUCACCGUCAUCACAGUCUGUUACAUGAUCAUUGUCGUCAAGCUGAAACGAAACCGGCUUGCCAAAUCCAAAAAGCCCUUCAAGAUCAUUGUCACCAUUAUUGUGACCUUCUUCCUGUGCUGGACCCCCUACCAUGUCCUGAACCUCCUGGAAACGCAGCAUGAGCAAGUCUCCCAUGGGGUAUUCAAAAUUGGGAUUCCCAUCACCACGGCUCUGGCUGCGGCCAGCAGCUGCAUGAAUCCCAUCCUGUAUGUCUUCAUGGGCCAGGACUUUAAAAAGUUUAAGGUGACCGUCCUCUCCAGACUAGUGAACGCACUAAGUGAAGACGCCACCCACUCGACUCUCACUCAGAGGAGCUUCUCUAAGAUGUCUUCAAUGACUGAAAAGGAUACCACCCUCCUCUGAGCUCUACCUUUGGCACCUCAGGGGCUCACCCAGGAUAAGCUCCCAUCCGCUUUUAUUUGGAAGCAAAAGAUAAUUGCACUGAGAUCUAUGAACGUUCUCUAGUGCUUUCAAACUAUAGUUGAAGGACACUUUCCAAGUGUUCCAAGCAGUGCCUGGGUUUUCCCUAUCAAAUCUGUGCAUCUACCCACAUUAGUUAUGUCGCAUGAUGGGUGCCAUGAAUCUUCACUAUAGAUUCUCUGACCCAGAUUGUUAAAGGGACAAACCAUAGCACAUUUUAUAUGCAGUCGCAAUACCAACGCUGGUAGCUCUUCAUGUACCUUUUGCUUGCACUUUUACACUCCUCAUGCCUCCUGAACUGCUCCAGAGAAGGACAAUACCACCUUAAAACACCUGGAAUCAAAACUGCAGAUAUGGAUUAUUAUGGCCUAGGGUUUGGAACGCUCUGUGGCUUAAAUGCAUUUCCAUCUUUGGCUAUUGGCUAUUGGACUAGUUCAUUCAUUCAGUCUUUUGCCCAAAUCAGAUCCUCAAAGAUUAUACAUGCUUGCACCUAAUCAUUGUGUGUUUAAACCCUGCAUUAGUGGUGACUGCACAUGCAGUCUGGUAUUUGCAUGUACAAAUCUUCAUUUGCACAUACAAUUGCUUAGUCUAUGGGCAAAUUAGCACCCAAAUUUAGAAAAUUUGACCUUAAAUGACUAGAAGACUGGGUAAUGUAGACGUUUCCAGAGACGAAGGAAAUUGACGAGACUUAUGCCAAAGAGAGAGAAAAGUGCAGAGAAGAGAAAAUCAGAUUGCUUCUCACUGAAGUUGGGGAGAAGGUGGAGGAGGCCAUGACUUGUAACUCUUAGCUUUGAGGACAUCCUUCCAAUGCCCACCAUUAAGGAUAAGAUUCUGUCACUUUCACAGACUUCCAUGACAUUUUCCGCUUCAGCCCCAAGGUAGCAGGGGCCCAGCUGUCAGUCAGCAGGGGACCUGGAGCUCCGAGCUGUGCCAGGCUGUGACGGUCCCAGAACUCUCAGCCACUGCAGGUGGCAGGAGGCCCCAGAGGGUGCCGGGAGCGCCUGGCGUGCCACCCACAGGUGGUAGGGGCACCCAGAGGGCAGUGGGCAGCAGGGGCACCUGUCCGUGACUUUUACUAAAAAUAACCGUGACAGAAUCUUCACCUUGCCCAUCACACAGUGGGAUCAAAAUGUGGUGCUACUCUAGCUGGGAUAUGCAUUGCCUAGUAUAUAAGAAAAUGAUUAUGAACGUGUUAUGCACCGUGUAUGCGUAUAGCCACUUAACCAACAUCUUAAAGGCACAGAAUAUAUUGGUACUAAUAUAAUCAUUUUUUUAAAAUUG